AUGCGCGCGCUUCGCGCGACGAGCGCGCGCGCGACGACGCGCGACGGCGCGAAGCGCGCGUCGCGCGCGCGUCGCUCGUCCCGCGUCGCUCGAAACGCGUCGAGCGCGACGCACGAGCCGUGGGAACUCGGGCUGGGCGAAUUGCACUUUUCGACGCGCGACGUCGACGCGCUCGCGGGCGCGAGCGCGCGCGACGACGCGCUCGGCGCGCUCUCGCCGACGUGGCGAAUGCUGUUGCUGAGCGAUGGGAGCGUGACGCGACACCUGAGCGUGCUGGGACGGGCGGAGAGGACGGAGGUGGAGGUGACGCGGCGAAGCGCGCGGGACGACGGGACGCGCGCGCGGGGACGACCGUCGCGACCGAGCGACGUGGAGGCGAUGCUGCGGGGACCGAUCGUGCGUCGAGAGGUGUACCUGCGCGCGGGAGAGGUGCGAGGCGCGGACGGGCGACCGGCGGUGUACGCGGCGUCGUGGUGGAACGAGGACGCGCUCGCGGCGUAUCUGCCGGACGAGGACGCGUCGAUGUGGGCGAAUCUGCGAACGCGGCACGUGGAGUUGCACCGAGAGAUUCGAGAGGUGUAUUACGGCGAGAGCGAGGGUUUAGAGGCGGCGUUCGGCGAGCGCGGGCCGUUUUGGGGGCGGCAUUAUAUUUUUUGGAGCGGCGGCGCGCCCAUCACCGUCGUGUACGAAGUCUUCAAUCCCGCGGCGUUUGAAAGGGCGCUCGGGCCUUUGAAGGCGGCGUAG